CAAUCUUGCUGGGGAGCUAUUACCGAUUCCAUCCUUCUUCAAUCGUCAUCCUCGACUCCGGUCGUAGAAACCGUAGGAACCCUAAUCUUCUCUGAAUUUAUUUCCGCUCAUAUUAUAAGCAGACGAACAAUUAGAUUAAGCGAAAGUAGAAUCGAAGGGAAAAGAAGACACUAUGUCAGGGAGGGAAGUUAAAGAAUACACAAAUCUGUCCGACCCUAAAGAUAAGAAAUUAGGGAAGGGUAAGAUAGAUGACGAAGACGUCACAUUUCAACGUAUGGUUGCAAAGGGAUAACGGCCCCGCCAAAUGUUUUGGUUAUUGCAUUUAGAUGCAAGAGGUUGCUGGUGAGCGUGGAGGCUAUCUUCAUGGCCGUGGCGCUUUGGACAGCGACGAUUUACUUUAUCUCAAAGAGCAGAUGGAAGCAGAGGAGGAUGCUGAACGUCUUCUGAGACGAACUGAGAAACGGGCUUUUGCUGCCUUUAAAAAAGCUGCAACGCAAGCAGAUUCAUCUCCAGCAUCUGUUCCCUUGCCACUUCGUGUUGAGCCCAAACCAAAGAGUGGUAUCAGACAACAAGAUUUACUGAAAAAGGUCGUUGAGGUUAAACCGAAACGCCCAAAAAUCUCAACACCGUCAAGUCCUAGCUUAUCACCUCCUCUUAGAAGCGACAGAGGUCCAACAGAUGCAAAGGUUCACAGAGAUAAGCAGAAAGCUAAUACGGUGCUGAAGAAACUGGACAGACCAGAGGAACAACCUGGAGCAGGCCAAAAUGACGGGAAAGGAACGGAGAGCAAUGGGCAAGGUCAAAAUGCUUUGAAAGGCUUGUUGGGAUUAGCGUAUGAGAGUUCAGAUGAAGAAGACUAAGAGAAGUGAUGAAAUCUGAAUAGGGUGUUAUCUCCUUUUUGUCUUCUCGCGGUUUGCUUUCUUGUCUCCAAUAUUUAUGUCGAAAGAGUUUAGCUUUAGGAUUCAAUACAGCUUUUGCCAUCUAGCCCUGCACUUGUUGUAAUUGUCGAAACCAAACGGGUUUGUUGGAGUUUGAAGACAGAGAAUCUAAUGAAAAUGAUUGCAAAAAGCA